AUGUAUCCGGCUCACGCCUCGCCCGCCAUCACAUAUUCGAUUCCUCCGUCUUGCUCCUCGCCUGCCAUCACAAACUCGAUGCCCGCGCCUUGCUUCUCGCCGGUUGGCAGGGUGCGCCAUCGUCCUUCACAUCGCUGUCGCCCACCCAGCUCUUGCCCUUCUUGCGGCUCGUGCGACAGGGAAUGCCUUUCGGCUGCGGCUAUACCGCAAACGGCGCAGGGCCCGCACAUGGCUGGCGGCCGGUCGGCCUUGUUGCCGAGAGGCAAACGUGUGAGCUUGGCUGCCAAGGUCGGCGUUCUCGGGGCUCGAGACGGGCGCUGCAGAGACAAGGCUCGAGAGUUCGUCCUCUGA